AUGACUAAGAAUCCAGUAAUCAAUAAAAAUAAUAAUGAUAUAAACGAACAUAUAAAUUAUCGACAACCGAUGUAUUUAACACGAUCAUCAUCGAUACUCUAUGAAAUAUUAAAUAAAACUUUAAAUUAUUCAUUAAAGAAAAAAGAUGAAAAACAAUUUAUUAAUGUACGACUUCAACUAUUAGAUCAACAAUAUUGUUUAGAAAAGGAUCGACAAUUAUGGCAAUCUUAUUUAGAUAUUGGUUUACAACAACAUUUAUGGCCAGAUCAAUUUUAUACGAUGUCAAAGGCAAAUGAUUUCGAUUUAUGUAAACAAUAUGUAAUGAAUUAUACAGAAAAUAAUAAAAAGCAAUUGAAUCAUCGUCAAUUUGAAUUAACAAAACAAGAACAACAAUUUCAAACAUGUCCAAUGAUAGAAUUAUCAUUUGAACAAAUGGAACAACGACUUCAAGAAUUAGUGGAUCGUGAACGAAAAUAUUUAUCAAAAAGAAAUAAUGAUAAAUUGAUCAAAUUGAUCAAAUUUAAAGAUGAUAUUUCUGAAGAAAAAACUAUUGACAACGAUAUCCACGUCUUCUUCUAUGAACAAUCAACAAGUAAAUCCAUUUGA